CACACACACACACACAUAUUCUGAUACAUACACAUUUCUUGGAUCUGUGAAACUACUUCACUCUGCAAAACUUGUCUCCAGCUUCACAUACUUCUAAUCAUUAUCUUUCAUCUUACUCAGUAGAAGAAUUCAAAUAUUAAUUAAACAGGCAGAAUGCAGAAUUUUAGCCAACUCAAGCAAGAAUUCCUCAAGAAAUGGCUAAAAGGUCUCAAAAUAUGCAGCUCUCCAAGCAAGAAGAUGGGAAUUUUGGAGAGAAAGAACGCCAUAAAGCUUUCUGCAGACUUAGCAAUGGCGUUCGCAAGAAAAGGUAGGACUUAUUGGAGCCGAGCGGUCAUAGCCAAAGCUUCUAGAAACAGUAAUAAUGACAUGACGCUUAUAAAGAAUGCCUCUAAACAAAGGUUCUUUCAAAGCAAGAAAAUAAUGAAGAGAAGCCAAAAUGUCCAUAGAGUACUGUUGAGGAAUAAAAGUUUGUCCCGAAAGGUUCUUCCGAAUUCGAUGGCGAAGAGAUUGGUUAAGAAAAGAACACAAGUCUUGAAACGUCUUGUGCCUGGUGGUGAUCAGUGCCUUGAUGAAGUCUCUUUGAUGAGAGAAACCCUAGAUUAUAUCAUAUCUUUGCGAGCUCAGAUUGAUGUAAUGCGUUGUCUUGCCGGGGCCAAGUAAGACUAAUGGCGCUUAAGUCCUUAUUAUAAUCUUUAUUAAAAGUCUUUUUUUACUUUUAUUUUUCGAUAUCUUUUUGUUUUGUUCCAUUAAUGUGACUAGAUCAUGAUAUGAAGGAGAAAAGAAGCUGGGUAUAGAGUUAAGGCAAUGUACAGAGAUAUGCAAUCAUAUC